AUGCCAAAAGGAAAAUCCCCCAAAGCGAAUCCCAUCCACAAUGCCAUCAAUGAGUGGCUUGAGUCAAUCACGACUGAUAUCUCAGGGCCUGAUUCGACAUGGAGGACCGACCUGUUGAACAGCGCGCCGAAGCGCUUCACGGUCUAUGAGCCUAUGGCGCUUUUACCCACAGGAAGCUUCACAUCUUUACCUUGGACAACUCUCUUACACAAUGCUGGCGAAAACGCAUGCCAGCAACUUUGGUCCGGAGUAUUGAAACAGAUUUCAUCGCAGGGGAAAGAAAAUCUGACUCAUCUUGCUGUGAACGAGGGCAUUCCUUUGCACAAAACGGAAGAAGAGGAGGAUGAAAACGUACGAAGAAGCCCAAGUGGGUUGCGCACUUUGUAUGGAGAUUUCGGCCCUCAAGACGCUUCAGCAGAAGAACCUUCGCAGGAUGAUUUUGAUAAGACACUAUGGGUUUCGACGAAACAGAAUGGAAUAUUCCAAACUUGGGCACCAAGAUGGACCAUGUUCAGCCGGGGAAAUGUCAAAGAGAAGGCAAGACUGCUGGACAUGGGAGAUAAGACGCUCCAAGGCACAUGGGCAGUUGAUCUCUACGCAGGCAUUGGAUAUUUCGUCUUCUCGUAUGCUCGCCUCGGCAUGAGAGUGCUAGGAUGGGAGAUCAACCCAUGGAGUGUGGAAGGGUUACGGCGCGGCGCUGUGGCAAAUCGAUGGAGCGUACGGAUUGUCCAAGGCGAAGACUUGACUCUACCAACAGAGGAAAUUGUCAAAGGAGGGGAGCAGAUCAUCGUGUUUCUUGAAAGCAACGAAGAGGCCAUCAAAAGACUACAGCCAUUGCAGGACAGUGGUAUUGCGCAAGAUGUACGGCACAUCAACUGCGGUUUUCUUCCCACAAGUGAACCAACUUGGAGAAAUACGUGGGAUAUUUCUGCUCCCGCGGGCGAGACAUGGCUGCACCUCCACGAAAACGUCGGGGCCAGCGACACAGAAACAAGGCGCAAGGAGAUCCAGAGCAGAUUCAAUGGCUGGAGUCAAGGGACAGAUCGAGCAGCCAAAGUCGACCAUAUUGAACAGGUCAAGACAUUUGCACCUGGCGUUUGGCACUGCGUCUUUGACGUUCAUGUUUACAAAAACUAG